AUGGCACUGACAAUGAAAACAGUUGUGGGAAAAUCACAGUUAAUACCACUUCGACUGCGAUAUAUAUUCUUACUUGCAACAAUAUUUUGCGGCAGCUUCCUAUUUCUUUUAAACAACAAUGGAAUUGACAUAUCAUUUAUUAACAACAACAUUAUUAGUUCUACAUGGAAGACACGUAGAUAUGAUUUAAUAAACUCCGAAGACUCGUUUACUAUAAAAACUGAAGGCUGCACUAUUCCCGGAUUGAAUCCAUUUGCUGAAGAUAUAAAACAAUUCGUCGAAAACCCAAAAACUAUAAAGCCAUGUCACCAAUCCAAUAUUUCGUUACUUGACAAUAACGACACGCAUAUAUGGAUAAAUAAAUAUAAUUUGUUAUAUUACAACGUACCUCUAAACAAUCAUAACGUUACUUGCUGCUAUAAGUCAUUUUAUAGACCUUUAGCGAUUGUUGAUAUUUAUUCUAUGGAUGUAGAUGAUAGAGUUAAAUACGAAUCAUGUAUUGAGUUUACAAGUGAAAUAGAAGUUAUGAAUGAAUUCGUAAGGGUCACUUGUAACUACAAGGAAAACGUUAUUUAUGAGCAAUUUUUUCUUUUCACACCUAAAAAGCCAUUCGUGUCGUUUAAGGAUGAAUUUUCAGAAACGUCUCAAAAUCAAACUGCGUUUAAUAUCAUAAUAAUGGGCAUCGACGCCAUUUCGAGACUAAACUUCUAUAGAACAAUGCCUAAGACUUUGACAUAUUUGAAAAAGAAAGGUGCCGUAGAAUUUUAUGGUUACAACAAAGUCGGUGAUAAUACAUUUCCUAAUUUAACCCCAAUACUUCUUGGAAUGAAGGACUCUGAUCUGAAGAAAACUUGUUGGCCUAAUACUAGAGCCACUUUUGACAACUGUCCUUUUAUCUGGGAUUGGUUCAAGGAUGCCGGUUACUAUACAGCCCUGGGUGAAGAUACGGCUAAUCUAGGGACUUUUAAUUUUGAAAAAUUUGGAUUUAGCAGAACGCCCACUGAUUACUAUUUACAUACUUUUAUGCACGAAGCAGAGCGCUAUACCGGGAACAAUAGAGAUUUUAAUUCAUUCAUAUGUAUGGGUAAUAAAUACUUUUAUAAAGUUCUUUUAGACUAUAUUGAAAAAUUAACAGUAACUCUAAAGUCUUCCAAACUAUUUGGUUUCUUUUGGGAAGUGACAAUGAGUCAUGACUAUUUAAAUUAUCCAAUGGCAAUGGAUGAUAGUUACGAAGAAUUUUUAAGAAAACUUGAUUACACUAGAUAUUUGGAUGAUACGAUUCUAAUAAUACUAAGCGAUCACGGCAUAAGAUGGGGUGAUAUACGAUUCACUAAGCAAGGUAGGUUAGAAGAACGUUUACCACUGAUGCACAUACUUCUACCUAACUCUUUUCGUAAAAAAUAUUCUGUUGCGUACGAAAAUAUGAAAAUAAAUAGUCAUCGUCUUACAACUCCAUUUGAUGUUUAUGCUACAUUAUUAGAUCUUGUCGAUAUGGAAACAAUAAAAAACGACAAUAUUAAAAUACGAAGUAGAUCGUCAUAUUCUCAUGAUAGAAGUAUUAGUUUAUUUCUCCCGGUUCCAAGAAAUCGAACAUGUAAAGUUGCAGGAAUAGACGACCACUGGUGCACAUGUCAUAAAGGACAAAAAAUAACAAACAAUAGCAUCGAAGCGUAUGAAGCAGCUAGUUAUUUAAUGUCUCACUUGAACACGUUAUUACGUGGACACCCACAAUGUGCUCAUCUUUCACUCGUUGAAUUGGUUGAGAUCACUGAAAUGGUUGCUGGUACACCGUAUGAAAAAGAAGUAGGUUGGCGGGAAUUUUUGAUUGUAGUCCGCACGAGUCCUGGUAACGGGGUCUUCGAAGCGACGUUACGUCGAUACUCCCGCGAGUGGUCUCUAACAGGUACUAUCAGCCGCCUAAAUAUGUACGGUGAUCAGGGUCACUGCAUACAUCACUACCAAUUGAAAUUAUAUUGUUAUUGCCAUUAAUUCUACACAUCGAUAAAAAAAUCACUUCCUAUGUUCAAUAAUUUGUGUUCCGAACUAAUCAUGUCAGUUGAAAACACUUCCGUUAGUAACACUACAUCUUAUGGAAGAAUUUUAGAAAUUAUAUUGGUUGAAUAUUUAUGUGAUUGUAUACACUUUAUAUACAUAAUAGAAUAA